CGCGACUGUGUCAGUAUAUUCCUUUUUUUUUAUUCCUCCAUCUUUGCGUCAGAAAUUGCCUGAAUUUGGGUGUUUCAUCAACGUUUCUGUGCAGUCUCAUUCCUGUCUUUUCAUAGUUUGCACGAUUUCCUUGAAAGGAUACAUCGCUGCUCUCCACAGUCAUUCAUAAUGGUUUCCUUGAACCCAGUACGAAUCCUCAAAAAUGAAGCUGGUGAGGAAAAGGCAGAGAUAGCCAGAUUGAGCUUGUUUGUUGGAGCUAUCGCCAUUGGUGAUCUUGUAAAGUCGACUCUUGGUCCUAAGGGUAUGGAUAAGAUACUUGUGGCUCAUGGCAGGUCUGCAGGACAAGUACAGGUUACCAAUGAUGGUGCUACUAUACUCAAGAGUGUUGGUGUAGAUAAUCCAGCUGCUAAAAUUUUGGUGGAUAUGUCACGUGUACAGGACGAUGAGGUGGGAGACGGUACUACCUCGGUCACUGUUUUUGCGGCUGAACUUCUGCGGGAAGCUGAGAAGCUGAUCGACCAAAAGAUUCACCCGCAGACAAUUAUCUCUGGCUGGAGGAACGCCGUGAACGUAGCGAGAGAAGCUCUGAAAAAUGCAGCUGCAGACAAUUCCGGAGACCCUGAGCAUUUUCGCGAGGAUCUGAUGAAUAUCGCGCGUACGACACUGAGCUCGAAGAUCCUGUCUCAGUACAAGGAACACUUCAGCAAACUCGCGGUAGAUGCGGUAUUACGACUCAAGGGCUCCAAUAACUUGUCUGCGAUUCAAAUUAUAAAGAAACGCGGCGCAACGCUCGCAGAUUCGUUUUUGGAUGAAGGUUUCUUGCUAGAUAAGAAGCCGGGUGUUCAUCAACCGCAGAAAGUCUCUGACGCGCGCAUACUUAUCGCUAACACGUCUAUGGAUACAGACAAGAUCAAGGUAUUUGGUUCUAGAGUGCGUGUAGAUUCUAUGGCGAAAAUUGCAGAAUUGGAGGCUGCAGAAAAAGAAAAGAUGAAGGACAAAGUUGACAAAAUCUUGAAGCACGGCUGCAAUGUCUUUAUCAAUAGGCAAUUGAUUUACAAUUAUCCGGAGCAAUUGUUCGCCGAUGCUGGUGUUAUGGCUAUUGAGCACGCUGACUUUGAUGGUAUUGAGAGACUGGCGCUCGUUACUGGCGGCGAAAUAGUCAGCACUUUCGACAAUCCGGAUGCAGUCAAGCUCGGAAAGUGCGAGCUCAUUGAACAGAUCAUGAUAGGGGAAGACACGCUUCUGAGAUUCUCCGGAGUUCCGUUGGGAGAGGCAUGCACCGUUGUCAUUCGCGGUGCGACUCAGCAGAUCAUUGACGAGGCUGAGAGAUCCCUGCACGACGCGCUCUGCGUCCUGGCCGCUACGGUUCGCGAAUCGAGGAUAGUUUAUGGCGGCGGAUGCAGCGAGAUGAUAAUGGCUUGUGCCGUGAUGCGCGCGGCUGCAGCUACACCGGGCAAAGAAGCAGUCGCAAUGGAGUCCUUCGCUCGUGCGUUACAGCAGCUACCGACUGUUAUCGCGGAUAACGCCGGCUAUGACUCUGCGCAGCUGGUCAGUGAGCUGAGAGCCGCGCAUAAUUCUGGCGGUAACACUAUGGGAUUAGAUAUGGAAUCUGGCAAACUCGGUUGCAUGAAACGACUAGGAGUUACCGAGUCUUGGGUAGUGAAGAGACAGGUUGUUUUGAGCGCGGCUGAAGCGGCGGAGAUGAUACUGCGUGUGGAUGAUAUCUUGCGCGCAGCUCCCAGGAAACGCGUGCAAGACAGAGGACGUUGUUAAUAUAUUAAAAGGAAAACGUUAAAAAAAAUUGAAAAGAUUUUCCUCUGCCUUGAUUUUACGUUGCUUGCAAUUUUUGAUAUCCGAUGUGCAGCCCCUAAAAUUAAUUAACGCGCUUUAAUAUAAUUGUAUAAAUUAUCGUUACUUCAUUACGAUAAUACUGCAUUUGAUAACAUUGAUACAUUAAUCAUAUUUAUAUAUUGUUACACACAAUGAAUAGAAAAUGAAUAUAUUUCAUCACGUUUUUUGAUCGUCAUUUUGUAUUUAAAGUUUAUACUCUGACCUUGUUUCUCUGUCAAAUAUAGCAUUAUAGGAUAUUAAGAAAAGGGUAUUGUCUGCGUGUUCGAGAUUUUUUUUGUAACAAUACAAUGGAUUCAACGUCAAUAAAUGCUCCGACAUACAAUACUUCCUACGGAUAACGCACGUUAGUAAUAUAUUUUAUUCAACUAAUUUAUUACAUAAGCUACUUUCAUAACAAUGUGCAGACAAAUAGUUGAAUAAAAUAUAUUUCACAGUGGUGAAGCAAGUACUUACUAUA